CCUCCCGCAGAGGUGUCGAACCUCGAACCGGUUGCGCUCGCUACCAGCAGCCACAACCUGACAAUGCUCACAUUCCUCCCGACCAGUACCAGUGUACGAAACGUGUUACGUGGUCCGUCAACGAUGCUCCUCCUCGGCUCGUAGUUUUCGCCCCCCGAAACCACCCCUCGCCCCCCGACCACCCCUUCGCCGCGCGGGCGGCCACCCCCAUCCGCGCCCGGCUCCGGUAGUGCAGUGCGGGUCACCGCCUUUGGUUCCUCUCUUUCGUGUGUGUGCCGAUCGCCGGAAAAUUUAGUCAAUGGUGAAAUUCAAAGUGCUGUGCUGUAGUUUGUGGUGCUUCUGCUUUAAAGGAUGACAGUCUCAUACUCCCGCCUGGUUGCGAAUGGGAGUAGCUUCGGAUGUUUUCGUAAUAUAAUAUUAAAGUGGCGCGGAAGUGUUUAUAAACUCGUUUGGCGAGAGUUAUUAUGUUUUCUUCUCUUGUAUUACGUAGUCAACCUAACCUACCGAUUUGUUCUCACCACCGACCAACAGAUAGUUUUCAAAAAAUGGAUAGCAUAUUUCGCAGAAAGUGGGGCCAAAGUGCCCAUGUCAUUCGUCCUAGGUUUUUAUGUCACUUUGGUCGUCAGAAGGUGGUGGGAGCAGUACCGUCUCCUGCCUUGGCCAGACACCUUAGCCCUCUUCGUCAGUGCUGCUAUUCCUGGAGUCGACGAACGCGGUCGCUUGAUGCGUCGUAACAUAGUGAGAUACGCUGUUUUGGCGUACGUCAUUACGCUUAAACACGUGAGUGUGCGCGUGAAAAAAAGAUUUCCUACGCUUCAACACAUAGUCGACGCAGGUCUGAUGAUGGAGAGUGAGAAGAAAAUUUUUGAGAUGCUUGAUGAGCGGCACCCGAUGGCCAAGUACUGGCUGCCGCUCACCUGGGCGGUGAACAUUAUCAACCGAGCGCGGAAGGAGACGCUCAUCCUGAGCGACCACAUGGUCCAGACGAUCCUCCUCGAGAUGUCCGACAUCCGGAUCCGCCUGGGAGGCCUCAUCGGAUACGACAACGUCAACAUCCCUCUCGUCUAUACUCAGGUGGUUACCCUAGCGGUCUACUCGUAUUUUUUAAUUGAACUAAUGGCUGCUCAACCGUUCGGGCUCAGUAAAAGGUCCGGGCUUGAGAAUCUAGAUACUUAUUUUCCUAUUAUUUUGGUAUUAGAGUUUGCAUUUUACAUCGGCUGGUUGAAAGUCGCUGAAGUUUUAAUUGGCCCAUUUGGCGAAGACGACGAUGACAUCGAACUCAACUGGCUCAUUGACCGCCACAUCAAGGCUGCGUACAUGAUUGUGGACGAGAUGCACGAGGAACACCCGGAGCUGCUCAAGGACCAAUAUUGGGACGAGGUGGUGCCCAAAGACCUACCCUACACAGUCGCCUCGGAGCACUACCGCCGCUCGGAGCCAAAAGCCUCGGCCGACUUUUACAAGGUCAAGGAGUCGGAUGGUCUCUACGCCAACGUUGUGUCUUCGCGCAGGAAGUCAGUCAAUCCUGACGACACAUACGCCGACUAUGAGAGCGUGGACACUCCAAUGGUGGAACGGCGAAGCAAGAACUGGUUCCAUCGGCUGCGGGUGGGCUCGUUCCGGUCUUCGUCGACGUACUCUUCUGGCGGACUCUUCGGUCGGACGCGGCACAACUCGGUCUACUCGAGCCCGAACAACGGCAACGCGGGCAACGCCGCCAACGCCAACAACGUCGAGGCCGGUCUCCCGCCCUCCGGCCAGGCCAACGGGAACCAGAUCUCAGCUCACGCCAAAAGCGAGCAGCAGAAGAUGAGCCUCUACGACAGGUUCGUCGGACGCAAAUCCGCGCGCGGACAGCGCUUCGGCCGACAAGUAACACUGAAGAACCGACCUCGAAUCCCGACGCCGGACGUGACGAAGGAAACGAAAGAGAACCCAUUGGACAAGGAGCUGAGAAUCAGCCAGAUGAACAACAACAUUCAGUUUAAUCACAGCACAGCCAGCGCACUCAUCGCGAGCAACGCAGUAACAACGCUACCGGUGACGUCGGCCAUCGUGUCCCAGCCUCUCAUCACCACCUCCGUUCACAACUCCACCGAUCAACUACCCUACGUUCAGAUGCUUCUAUCUCCAAUCCAAGAGCUGGAGGGUAACAAUGGUACAAUAACCUCGGUGGCCUCAAACAGCAGCGGCUUCAGCAGUCUUGCACUUGCCAAAACGGUCUUACCACCAGCCUUACUGUCCAGUGGCAUGCCGAAACAAGCUCUCCCCGUCGCCGUGAACGUGCCCCUCACUGCAGUUUCCAUGAGUCAACCAUUUUUCACAUCGAUUGGCGUCGACCGAUCGGAAUCGGCCCCCAAUUCGGCGGUCAUGACCGACGUGACGGCAAGUGACAAGGACGAUAGUGCGUGCGGGGGUAGUUCGUCGGGAAGUAUUUCGGGUGGCGAGGAGAGGUCUCGCAAGACGAGCGUAGCGUCUCAAAGCAAAUCAAAAAAAGAAGUUUAUGUCUGAGCCCAUCUGUUGAACCUCAUACAACUACUGUGACAAAUUACUUUGGACAAUUAAUAUGGUUUCUGUCAACAAGAUUCUCUUUAUGAGAAGGUACCUGUGUCGCAGGCAAAUAUCCAAUCAGGCAUUUUCAUAAAUGCUCAAGCAGCUGGUUAAAUUUUACGGAUUAACGAGGUUUUCCGUGUUUUUGAAAUAGAAUUCUUAAUUACAAAAUGUAUUUAAUGUGUGAAUUGUAAAUCUCGUUUAUAUUGCAAAAUUUUAUGGAAUUCAAUAUUUGUUCCUGAGAAAUUUUAGGAUUGAAAAUGGUAAAUACUUCGUAUUCCAGCAAAUUUCUCUCAACUUUAAUCUGACGGAGAUUAUUUCACCAUUUGCUAAUGCAUUUCUCAAAAUGCCUGAUUUGAUUUGAAUGUUGGCUUGCGACCGAUGCAUGGGAUGAACGAUAGUUAAGUAGUUUCAUUCCAACUGAAUUCACAAUUAGAUUUUCAGACUUAAGAAAAAAAUUGAGGUAAUCAGUGCUCUGGUAGUAUAUCGAUGGCCGAAGUUUAAAAAUGCGUUUAUUACGUAGCGACGAUGCAAGUCUUCCUACUCAUGAUUUAUUUUCUAGAAGAAAACUAAGACGUUUUCGUUGAAAUUUUCUCAUUCAUUAAAAAAUAUGCGUAAGUGUGCUUUAUUUUCUUUCAAAAGUAUAAACAUAUUCGGAAUCUUUUAAACGUUGUAAUUGAGACACGCAUUUCCCGACUUUCGUGUAGUCAUCCAUAUUCUGCUCUACACCUAUUAUCCAAAUGUACAUCAGUAUGGUAUCAGGAAUGUGUGAUGAAACCUAAUCACAUCUUUUUUUCGUGUUAUCCAAUACAUCAAGGAUACCUAGGUAAUACUAAACAUCUUUGGAGAAAUGUGGGUGUUGACCCGUCCGUAUUUUUGAGUUAACCUAGUCUCUGCAUGAAACCCCUCUUGGAGUGAAAAAAAUUGGAGGGUAAAAACCAACUUUUUCGCUACGCACUCGCAUGUAUAGUUUCUUAAUGUCAUCAAACCUUUUUGAGAUCUUGAAACUUGCAGUGCGGUUCCCCCCCCUCUCUCUCUCUCUCUUUUUAUUAUUAAAAUUGCAUUUAUCAUAUUCAUGUGCUGAGCCUACCAGCUUUUAGUCGUGCGUUAGUUCGUUAUGAACCUUUCGUAUUUAAUUUUCGUGAGAAAAUUUAAAUUCUAAAAUUGAAAUUUUCGUUAUAAUUUUAGAGCCUGACAGUUAGGAAAUUGUUAGUAUUUCCGUUUGAGAAGCAUCGCAGUUGCGUGAGAAGUUUAGAGGCGUUAGUUAGUUAAAUGUUGUGAAUAAAGUCUGACAUAAUCAAAGUUUCUGAGUGUCUGGGACGGUUCUAGCAUACUUAUUCUUUCAAAUAAAUUUUUAUCAAAACAGACAGUUACUCGGUUCAGUUUUAGUUUUUGAGCUGUGAAUAAUUAUUGAAUUAAUUUAUUGACUUAAUGGUUAUGUUUCGUCCUCUUUUUUUGUUCUUUUGUAUUGUUUAACUUUUUAGUUUUUCUUUGCAUUAUUAGAUUUUAUAAAUGUACAUUUUACUAUAAUGAACAUGUCUUCUGCAAUAGGUUUAAUACUAAUUUGUUCAAUUUUGAGGAUUUGCUCCUCCAGGUGAUUCUUUAGUGAUUGUGUAAUAUUAUAAGUAGUUUACAUUUACUGCAAAAUAGCAAAGAGGGGACCCAGAAUGGCCUCCUUGAGAAAAGCAGUGAGUAAGAUAUCUGACCUCUUACUUGUUAAAAAUAUUCAGUCAUGUGUAAAUUUUAUACUAUCUGUUAGGUUUAUCUCUUUCUUUUAAUUUUUUAAUAAAUUUGAAUAAAAUAGACUUCUCCGUUUGGGA